CCUGCCAACUCUCGCGAGCUUUGUCAGAACAGUGGGUUGUAAUGUCAGUGCAGCCCCUGGCAGGAGCAGCAGCUGCAUCCUGCCUUUCCCUCCGAAGCUUUAGUGCGCAAUCUCCACUCCUGGAAAACUUGGUCAUCUUCCCUUGAGGAGUGUGAGAGAAAUCAUCAUGCAGAGCAAAGGCAAAAGGCCAGGGCCCCCGAUUCUCCUGUGGCCCCUCCUGUUCUGCCUGUCCAUGGAGAAGUCACUUGGCGCUGAAGAAGACCUUAUAGUGGCCACCAAAUCGGGCAAGGUCCGAGGCGUGCCCUUGACCGUCCUGGGAGGCACUGUGAGCGCAUUUCUGGGAAUCCCUUAUGCCCGGCCACCCGUGGGUCCCCUUCGAUUCAAAAAGCCACAGCCUGCAGCCACGUGGCCUGACGUUUGGAACGCCAUGAGGUACGCCAAUUCCUGCCAUCAGAACCCAGAUCAGAGUUUCCCAGGCUUCUCCGGAUCGGAGAUGUGGAACCCGAACACCAACCUGAGCGAGGACUGCUUGUACCUGAAUGUGUGGGUGCCAGCCCCCAAGCCCAGAAACGCCUCGGUCAUGGUGUGGAUUUACGGGGGUGGCUUCCAGACAGGGACGUCCUCCUUAAACGUCUACGACGGCAGAUUCCUGGCUCGGGUGGAGGGGGUGAUCGUGGUGUCCAUGAACUACAGGGUGGGUGCGCUGGGGUUUCUGGCGCUCCCAGGGAAUCCCGAGGCUCCGGGGAACGCGGGGUUGUUCGACCAACAGCUGGCCCUGCAGUGGGUCCAUGGAAACAUAGCGGCCUUUGGUGGCAACCCCUGGAGCAUCACCCUCUUUGGAGAAAGCGCGGGGGCCGCCUCCGUGGGCCUGCAUUUGUUGUCCCCCCAGAGCCACCCCUGGUUCCUCAGGGCUAUUCUGCAAAGUGGGUCUGCGAACGCCCCGUGGGCAGCGAUGUCCCCAGCCCAGGCGAGGAACCGAACGCUGACCUUGGCCACAUUGCUGGGCUGCGCUAGAGAGAACGAGACUGAGCUCCUCCAGUGUCUGCGGCGCAAAGAUCCCCAGGAAAUCCUGCCCAAUGAGGCCUUUGUCCUUCCCCACGAGAGCCUUCUGUCCGUCCACUUUGGACCCACGGUGGACAAUGACUUCCUAGUUGACCUGCCCGACGCCCUCCUGCAGAUGGGACGAUUCAAACGCACGCAGAUCUUGGUGGGUGUGAAUAAGGACGAAGGGUCAGCCUUCCUGGUGUACGGGGCCCCGGGUUUCAGCAAGGACAAUGAUAGUCUCAUCACCAGAAGUCAGUUUGAAGAAGGGUUGGACAUGUUUUUCCCCGGAGUGGGGGAACUGGGGAAGGAAUCUAUCCUUUUCCACUACGCGGAUUGGUUAGAUGAUCAGAGACCGGAGAAGUACAGGGAAGCCUUCGACGACGUGAUCGGCGAUUACAACAUCGUAUGUCCUGCCCUGGAAUUUGCCCAGAAAUACUCGGAUUGGGAAAACAAUGUUUUCUUCUACUAUUUUGAGCACCGUUCCUCCAAACUUCCUUGGCCACAAUGGAUGGGAGUGAUGCAUGGCUAUGAAAUUGAAUUUGUCUUUGGGUUGCCUUUGGAAAGAAGAGGUAAUUACACAAAACCCGAGGAAAUUCUGAGUAGAUCUAUAAUGAAACGCUGGGCAAAUUUUGCGAAAUAUGGGUACCCAAAUGGGACCCAGAGCAAUAACACAAGAUGGCCGUUCUUCAGAACCCCUGAACAAAAAUACUUAACCUUGAACACAGACUCACCAAGGAUAUACUCUAAACUACGAACUCAGCAGUGCCGAUUCUGGAAACUAUUUUUUCCCAAAGUCUUGGAAAUGACAGGAAAUAUUGAUGAAGCAGAACAAGAGUGGAAGGCAGGGUUUCACCGCUGGAACAAUUACAUGAUGCACUGGAAAAAUCAAUUUAAUGAUUACACCAGCAAGAAAGAGAGCUGUGUGGGUCUCUAAUUAGUAAUGUUAGCCUUAUGGAUAGUUCAUUUUCCUUUAGAUGAAGGGAAAAAUAUCAACAGCUUUAUACACAUCUCUGAAGAAAGCUAUUAUAGGAGUGAACCAAAACAUCCGAAGAAUUAUAACCAUUCUUGACAUCCAUUGCUAUUUUGCCCAGCAAUUCAAAACCAAAAACUUAAUUAUACACAUAUAGACAUGCGUGUCUUGCUUCAAUUUUUUCCUAAAUAACUUUUUAAUAGAUUUCUUAUAGUAUAUGGAUUCUGAUUAUAGUCACAUACAUAUUUUUAUUACUAUUUAUAUAAGUUAUCUUUUUACUCUCAACUAAUUUUUGAAACACUGGACAUUAGAAUUUGCAGAUAAUUUCUUCAAAUCAAUUUAUAAUUUGAAUGUCAAUAUAAUAUUAAAGCAAGAACAAAAUCAUAAUUGGCCUCUAUUUGGUUUUUACAUGUAAAAGCAAGAGAGAAUGUUUAAGUAAGAGUCUCAGACUCAUGAAAAUCAGUUGCAAUGGGGCCAAAAUGUUGCUAUCCACAUAAUCAAAGAAUAUCUUGAUCAAGUCAAAUCAAGAACUAAUGAACUGGUUUUUCAAGAUGGGCAAAAGUGAUUCAUAAUAUUGAUGCAUGUGAAUAGAACCUGUUAUCUGAAGGAAGUUACUGGUGUUCUAACCUAUCUACAUCAGUUAAGUUUUCCUAUUUAUCAGUCUUGCAAAAAAGAUUUGUAAAAAAAGCUCUUUGAUAUGCUGAACAGGCAUACUCUUGUUUUAUGAGUCAGAAGAUUCUAUGUUAAAACAACAAACAAAUGAACAACAACAACAACAACACACACACACACACACACACACACUAACACACCAGAGGAUUCAGAGAUGCACAUUAGAAACCUGCAGGAUCUUUUGAUAUCAAGACUGUAGGACAGUCGGGAAAUCUUGACAAAUCACCUGCUUUUGUCUGGUUGUUUCUUUCUGCACUGAGGAUCUACAAAGCAAAAAUGGCCACUCAGUAUCGCAUAUCAACACUGUAAUUAUCCAAUUCAAACAGGCUUUUUUACCUGUAUCUCUUAAGUACUAUGAACUCUGAGGGACUCUGAAUUAUGGUCAUUGAAGGGCAGUUUUGAUGAAAAAUUCUAAUUCAAGGGCACCCAAGCCCUCUGAAUUCUCAUCACUUUGUUUAGGAGAUAGAUAAAAAGGAGAUUUGAGUCAAGUUGAAUAUUAAAAAUGUAUACCUAUGAAAACUUCAAAAAUGGCAGAAAAUUUCUCCUAGUUCUUAGUGUGUGGACAACUAUUUACUAACUGCAAGUAAGGAGUGAUGGGAGCUAUCACCUAGUUUUGGUGAACUUUUCAGAAAAUGUUUGAAAGUGAUUCAAACAUAUACUAGUUUUUAUCAUACCAAAGCAGGUAUAGUAAAUUCAACCAAAGUUAG